CAUUGAACAGCAACUGAAGACCAAGUCGCCAAAAGUUUCAUCCAUCCUAGGGGCACCGUUUCUCGGUUCUCCUACUGUACUCGCAGCAAAUGGUCUCAUUUGCAUUGGGACAGACGAGGGGAGAAUAUGCGUCUUUGAUUUCAAGCAGAAACUUAUAUGUGUGUGCGGCACGGAAGCGACAGGUGAUGCCCUCCGCAAUUCACCGAAGCGUUUCUGACAACCAGUCAGGUAAGGCAGCUGGACCAGUCACUGCUCUAGCGCUAUCUUUCGAUCAUACGUAUGUCGUCUCCGGGCAUUCGUCGGGCUUCGUUCAGUUGUAUGAUCUGAAGACGCCAAACUCGCCUGUUCGAACUGUCUCGCCAACAACCGUUCUCGCUAUUUCUACCGGUCGCAAAGAGGGCCAUAUACAAGGAUCCAGAAUUGUGAACGUAGGGUUCGUGGCAGGAAGACAUACAGCUAUCGUUACGGCGGAUGAACAUGGUCUCGCCUUCUAUCAUAGUCUUGGUAAAAUGCUCUUCAUAGAAGCCUCUGAUAUCCUUCGCAUCCUUGGUAAAUACCAAUUCGAUCCCCUUCCUUCUUCUGAUGGUUCUCCCCCUCCUGCAUCUACAACUCGUCGCCGAAAGUCUCGAUAUUCCCUUCUCUCCAUGAUGCCACUACCUCUUGGCACUACGGCUCAUCCUACUGACGCCUACAACGUUGUGGCCUUAUUGACCUCUACUAAACUUGUCAUCGUCGGUCUCAAACCUGCCCCUAAAACAUGGUUCAAGUGCCCUCGAAUAAUUGAGGAGGGUCAAGACCUACCGAGAACCAAGCUUAGUCAGAAAGGCUCCUUGUCCUGGUUUCCAAGUGUUCUGCUGAACUCAAACGGAAAGGUAGAAGUGAUUGAGAAGGAUCCUUUAUAUCAUUCCGGUUCCUCGACAAAUCCGAGGCUUGUGUAUUCAUGGGGACGUACAUUCUAUGUUUUACAGGUAUUCGAGUCCAAGUUGAAGCGCACAGUUCGUAAUUCCAGGUCUGGGAAAUCCGGCCAGGUUGAAGUUGGCACGAUAGGGUUCGAGAAUCUCGCCAAAUGGUCAGCAGAUGACGAUAUAUUGGCGGUUCAGUGGUUGAAUGUUAAUCAGGUGCUCAUCUUGACGGAAAGCUCUCUUGAAGUGUACGACAUCGACUUUGCAAAGCUGGUUGAGAGAGUGCCCUUCGAUGGAUUUUCGCUUGUUUCUCCGUCUUUGAGACAAACAAUGAAGGGUAGUAUGACCUACUCGGACUGCGCAAGUGAUGUCGCGCACAGUAUUCGCGUGUAUAAAGGAAAGGUGUUUUUGCUGGGACGCGAAAACUUUCAAGUUGGAACGCUUCUGACAUGGGCCGACAAAAUUUUGGCAUUUGUUCAAAAUGGUGAUUUCUUGAGUGCUAUCAACAUGUCGCGACUCUAUUAUGUUGGCGCCGCUCCAGGAAAUAAGAACGGCCUCCCGGAGGAUGCCGAUCUACGGAAAGAGACUGUGGGCCAGAAAAUACGCGAUUUAAUGGUUGCCUCAGCUCGAUACGCUUUUUCCGAGGAUCGUAUGACGGACGAUACACAUAUUACACCUGACGGCCGCGGUGUUGAUCGGACCUCUCUGUUCGAAGGUCUUGUGACAACGUGUUGUCGUGCUUGUAUUGCAUUGGAUGACUUCGAAUUCCUUUUUGAAGAUCUUUUCCAGCAGUACGACGACUCUGGGAUCGCUCGAAUAUAUCUCCUCCAACUGGAACGAUUUGUGUUGGACAACGAGAUACGAUUCGUUCCACCCCGUAUCACCCAGAGACUCGUAGCCAUGCAUGAUGAAGAUAACCGCCCAGAUCUUGUGGAACGUAUCAUUUGGCACAUCGACCCCGCUUGCCUGGACCUAAACCAAGCCAUACACCUUUGCCAGCAGUAUCACCUCUACGACGCCUUGAUAUACAUUUAUACUCGAGCCCUUCGGGAUUACGUGGCGCCGAUCGUUGAAUUGCUCGGACUAAUUCGCCGCGUCAACCAGUACCAUAAAACAAACAUGGAUACUUGGGAUGAAAGCACCAUAGAGCCAAUAAUCUUGAACGCGUACAAGAUUUAUCCGUAUCUCGCCAACAUCCUUUCAGGCCUUACCUACCCUAGUGAGGAACCGCUCCCAGGUGAAGAGUGCUUCCAGGCAAAGAAAGAUGCCUACUCGUUCCUUUUCUCUGGACGCUCAAGUGUUUGGCCUGUUGGCGAGGAAGGAAGUUUGGUUUUAACAUCAGACGAAGAAGGUGGUAUCGAACCCACAUAUCCUUACGUACGACUUCUCCUCCGUUUUGAUGCCGAAUCCUUUUUGCAUUCACUUGAUAUUGCAUUCGAAGACAUCUAUCUCAACGAGUCGCAAGGCGUCAGUCGUCUCGUCAUCGUCCGAAUACUACUGGAAAUUGUCUCGUCAGGACGCCUGACUUCGGGUGAUGUAACAUUUGUGAACAUCUUCAUCGCCAGGAAUACUCCCAAGUAUCCCCAAUUCCUCCUGGAGCUGAUACCUGUGAGCACUUUGCAUGCUCUUCUGUUUAGUCUAGCGGACGAUCCUGACGCAAAUACGCGUGAGGAUCGUCAGCUGGCUGCAGAAUACCUUCUUUCCGGAUACAUCCCUCAUGAUAUUGACCGGGUGGUACAACUCUUUAACAAUGCUGGAUUUUAUCGAAUUCUUCGAAUUUGGCACCGCCAGGACCGAAAAUGGAGGCCGCUGCUUUCGACUUAUAUCGAGGACCCAGAUCUUCACCCAUCAGAAUUGUUCCAUAACCUUGACGAAGUCCUGCGGAUUUCAAAGGAAGAAAGCAAGCACCUCGCGACGGAGUUGGUCAUCACAAUAGCUGAUGCUCUACCCAAGCUAUUACAGUCCAGCAUCUCGAGCACAGCCAAUCUUAUUGACAAGCACAUGCCAGACUUGCACAAUCGCGCCCUAGAAUGCCUUGGUCCUCGUGGCGACUACAAGCGUUUCGUAUAUCUGCAGCAUCUCUUCGGUCCCCCUCAUCCAGAUGAUGAAGAGUAUAUCAAUAUACCGCGAAGUGCCUCCUCUCAAUCAUACGGAUUAGACGAUCUUCGAGAAACGUAUGUUGCGCUCCAGUGUCAGUAUCGCCCUCAAGAUGUUAUCAGUGUUCUGAAGUACUUGUCAUCGAGUCAGCUAGAUUGGUCCAGUGUAGUGUCUGUGUGCGAGGAGAAAGAGGUUUAUAAUGCCGCAGUGUGGGCUCUGAAUCAACGAGGUCAUCCCUUUGAUGCCCUUACCAAGGCGGAGAUCUUCGAACAACGUCUUACUACCCGAGUCAUCGAUGCGCUUGGGGCCACCGAAAGGGCGAAAGCAGAGUCGGACAUUAGGAAGGCAGUUGACGGACUGAUUGACCUAGCAAGAUCUAGCAUCUCUGUAUGUUUAGAUCGGUCUUUAUCGACCUCGCCGGACGUGUCAUUAGAGGACAUCUGGUUCCAACUACUUCGCAGUCAAAUUAACUGCAUCCAAUCCGUCUCUGCAUCUUGUUCACAAGAAGCAUUAUCCCCUUCCACCUCAGAUUCUCGUACCCGUGAAGACCGUAGUGUGGACGUCGAACGGCAAACAUUGGAUGCGCUUCGCUCUGUCGUACAAGAUACAUUUACUUCUCUUGUAUCUAUAAGUUCCACCCGGCCAUUGUCCUUUCCCCGGCUCUUCAAACGACUGGUAAAUUCUGCAAUCCAGAUACCGUUAUCCAAAGGCACUCAUUACACCGAGUUUCGCACUAUUCUGACCGGCAUGUUGGAGUCCUAUCGGUCAGAGGGGGAUAUGCUUAUUAUCACAAAGCACCUACUAGACCGGGAUCUGUUUCAGGGUAUAGUGGAGUUGACUCGAGAGCAGAACCGUGGAUGGACUCCUUCCAAGGGCAUGUGUUCUGUGUGUCGUAGACCAUUACUAAAAGAUCCGCAUGCAGAAAGUGAUACCAAAACACGGCAACUUGUUAUCGUAUCCCGAACAGGACGUUCAUAUCAUAGUACAUGCUCCCCUACAAUGGUUUAAUUCGAUUGUAUAUCUGGGCUGUGACGGGGCUACAGUUUCAGAGCGAUCUAGCGUCGAAGUGAAGCGAACUCGUCAACACUUGAUACAGUUGGCAAGCAUGCCGUCAUCAUCCGUGGC